CUGCUUACUCGGCCCACCCCUGCACUAGAAGCUUCCAGCUGAUCAUCAUCAUCGUCAUCAUCAUCAUCAUCAGCUGGACCCGAGUGGGCCCGUCUCACACCGCCUUCACGACGAGAAGCACCCGCCUGCUGGUCAACGGACAGUGACGUGUCCCAUUUCCCCGAACACAAGAAGCAGCUUCCAAAAUAGACGGUGACCCAACCCACCCCCUCAUCACCCACCCACCCAGCCCGCCCAGUCCAGCCGUCGUCCUCUGCCCGCCUCUUCUGUCGUCGUGUGGGGAGGACACACGCAGUCGCCUCAGCGGGCCCGCGCUAGAACCAGAACCACAAGCAACAUCUCCGGUCCAGUCAGGGUACAGGGGUCUCCCCAAAACCUGAGCCAUGAGUCGCAGCAUCGUGCGGCAGAGUAAGUUCCGCCAUGUCUUCGGCCAGUCCGUCAAGGCCGAGCAGAGCUACGAUGACAUCCGUGUCUCUAAGGUGACGUGGGACAGUUCCUUCUGCGCCGUCAACCCUAAAUUCCUGGCCGUUAUCGUGGAGUCAAGCGGGGGUGGAGCGUUCCUUGUCAUUCCCCUCGCAAAGAUGGGUCGCGUGGACAAGAACUACCCUCUGGUCAUCGGACACUCUGGACCCGUCCUCGAUAUCGACUGGUGUCCCCAUGACGAUAACAUGUUGGCCAGUGGCUCAGAGGACUGCACCGCCAUGGUGUGGCAGAUUCCCGAUCACUCGCUGGUGCGCCCCCUCACUGACCCUGUUGUCGUACUGGAGGGUCACUCGAAGCGCGUUGGCAUUGUCAGCUGGCACCCGACCACACGCAACAUACUACUCACUGCGGCCAGUGACAACCUGAUAAUCGUCUGGAAUGUGGGAACGGGGGAGCCGCUUAUCUCCAUGGACGACCACCCUGACCUCAUCUACAGCAUCAGCUGGAACAGGAACGGAAGCCUGUUCUGCACCACCUGCAAGGACCGCCGCCUGCGCGUAUGUGACCCCCGCAAGGCCGACGUGGUGGCGGAACGCUUGGCUCCUCAUGAGGGCAUCCGACCCAUGAGGGCCAUCUUCACUAGAGACGGGAACAUCUUCACCACAGGAUUUACCAGGAUGAGCCAGAGGGAGCUCGGACUCUGGGACCCGACCAAUUUUGAGGAGCCGAUCGCACUGUUGGAGUUGGACACGAGUAAUGGCGUCCUGUUACCGUAUUACGACCCAGACGCCAAUAUGGUGUACUUGUGCGGCAAGGGAGACAGCAGCAUCCGUUACUUUGAGAUCACAGAGGAACCGCCCUACGUGCACUACCUCAACACCUUCAGCAGCAAAGAGCCGCAGCGGGGGAUGGGCUUCAUGCCCAAGAGGGGUGUGGAUGUCAGCAAGUGUGAGAUCGCCAGGUUGUACAAGCUACAUGACAAGAAGUGUGAGCCCAUCACAAUGACUGUGCCUAGAAAAUCGGACCUCUUCCAGGACGACCUGUAUCCGGACACGGCCGGGCCGGAGCCCGCCAUGGAGCCCGAGGAGUGGUUGGAGGGGCGCGACCAAGACCCCGUGCUGGUGUCCAUGAAGGAGGGCUACGUGCCACCGAAGAGUCGGGAGCUCAAAGUGUCCAGGAAGAGCCUGCUGGACUCCAGGCCCGUCCCCCGCCGCAGCAUGUCCACGUGCGAUGCCGCCAGACUGCCGCCAGAGCUGCUUGAGAGACUGCUGGAGGAGAUCCAGCACUUGAAGGCGACAGUGUCGUCUCAGGAGAAGAGAAUCUGUGACUUGGAGAACAAACUGUCCCAGUAUGCCAACGGGAUGGCCUGACGGAUUGCACUCGUGCGCCCCCUCCAGGAGCGGUUGUAAAGUGCUACGCAAAGCUGCAGUGGUGCCGCAGCACAGUGCUCCGAGGUAGCGCCGUGCUGGAACAUAAUCCACAUUGCAGUGAGACGACUGUGGAUUGAACAGACCUUUAACCCCAGAGUCAAACUCUACUUCGUGUUUUUCUUCCAAAUAGGGACAAGGGCUGAAGGUUUGAGGGACACGCUAAGCUGACAAAGUCAAUGAAAAAAAAGGGAUGAACAUCUUCCUGCUUGGAAAGCACAGCAGUGAAUAAGUUUGAAAAAGUAACAACCCCUUAAUUUUCUACAUCAGCUCAUCUCACAGUCCUUCAUGACGACAUGUAAAUAGACACAAAGGAGAGAAAACGCAUUGAACUUGUAGCAAAAUGUUAAGUCCUGUAAAAGAUUUGACACACGACAACAGAAUAAAGUGUUUUUUACA